AUGGUCUUUUCUUUACUCCUUUUUUGUUUAAUUUGUUUCUUUCUUUUUAUUUUUCUCCUCUUUGUCUCUUCGCAUCUACACUCUUUCUUUUUCUUUUUCUUUUUCUUUUUCUUUUCUAAUUACUUUCUUUUUUUUCUUUCUUUCAAAAUUUCAUCAGUUUCUUCUUUUUCAUUUUUUUUUCAUUCUCUUUUUUUGCCGUUUGUUCUCAUAAUCAACAAUCAAUUUAUUUUUCUUCUUCUUUUUCUUCUUUUCUUUUUUCUUUCUUUCAUUUUUUUCUUUCUUUUUUUGUCUUUUUUCAUUCAAAAUCUCAUCAUUGUCUUCUUUUUUAAUUAUUUUUCAUUCUUUUUUUUGUCUUCCUUCCUUCCUUUCUUUUUUCUUUCUUUUCAAAAUCAUAUCAUUUUCUUAUUUUUCAUUCACUUCUUUUAUCGAUUGUUCUCAUACACUCCAAACAUUUUUUCUUUCUUUCCUUUUUUCUUUCUUUUUUCUUUCUUUUUUCUUUCUUUUUUCUGUCUUUUUUCAUUCAAAAUCAAAAAAGAAGACAAUGAUGAGAUUUUUUCAUUAUUUUUCAUUCUCUUCUUUUGUCAUUUGUUCUUCCACUCUCCAAACAAUUUCUUUUUCUUUCUUUCUUUCUUUAUUUUCAAAAUUUCAUCAUUCUCACGACCCCCCUCCACAAUGAAUUUGUUAUUAUUAUUUUUCGUUUCUUCUUUUUUUACCUAUUUAUUGUCAUCGUCGCUUCUCUUUCUUUCUUUCUCUCUCUCUCUCUCUUUCUUUGUUUCUUUCUCUCUGUUUCUCUCUCUCUCUCUCUCUUUGUUUUUCUCUCUCUCUUUCUUUCAUUUUGUUCCCACUUACACUUAUCAAUUGAUUUCUUUCUCCUUUUUUUCUCCACAUAUCAAUAAUUUUCUUUCGUUCUUUUUCUCACUUUUGUCAAACUUUUCUCGUCCUCCUCACAUUUUCAUAAAUUUCUUCUUCUUCUUCUUCUUCUUCUUCUUCUUCUUCUUCUUCUUCCCUUUAUUUUCUUCUUCGAUCUUUCUGUUAUUUGCUCACCCUUUCUCUCUUUUGACUCUUCAUUCUCCUUCUCUCUAUUCCUCCCCUGUUCUUCUACACUUUUCUCCUUCCCGACUCCUCCACUCUUUAUCUUCUCUUCUCGUUUCACUUGGCAAUUCGUUUCUUUGCGCCUUCUUCUGA